GGCGGGCAGGCGGGCAGGCAGGCGGGCGGGCGGACCCAGCAGCGCCAUCCAGCCCUUCCCUCCUUCCUUCCCUCCCUCCCUCCCCGCCCGGCUGGAACCUCGUUGUGGCGCUGAGCCCCGUCUGAGGGGGGGCAACAAAGGACCAUGGAGGGGGGGUCGCCCGCCCAGCAGGCACCAGAACUGGACAUGAAAUCAGAAGGACGGCUGCCUUCGCCACUCCCCACCGGACCCGACCCAACAUUCGGAAGAGAAACACCGACGGCCGAGAUUUCCCUCACCUUAGUAGCAUCGUUCCAAGCGAUGGAGAAGAAGGUGGACUCUCACGCCACACGGCUGCUGGAUUUGGAAGGGAGGACAGGAACAGCCGAGAAGAAGAUAGUAGACUGUGAAAAAACAGCUGUGGAAAUUGGGAACCAACUGGAGAGCAAGUGGGCCGCCCUGGGGACCCUGAUCCAGGAGUACGGGCUGCUCCAGAGGAGGCUGGAGAACAUGGAGAACCUGCUGAAGAACCGGAACUUCUGGAUCCUCCGGCUGCCCCCGGGCUCCAGGGGGGAAAUCCCCAAGGUGCCAGUGACCUUUGAUGACGUGUCUGUCUAUUUCAACGAGAAGGAAUGGGAGAAGUUGGAAGAGUGGCAGAAGGAGCUCUACAAAAACUUGAUGAAGGGGAACCAUGAGUCCUUGAUCUCUCUGGACUAUGCAAUUUCUAAGCCAGGAAUCUUAGCCCAGACGGAGCCAGGUACGGACUCGUGUCUUGGAGACGAGCAGGACUCGGAAGAGCAGGGGAGCCUUCCGGAUCCCACUGCAGCAGGCAUAAGGGUGGUCAUCAAAACAGAAGAGCCCCAUUCUGACGAGUGCCCGGAAGACCUGGAGCAGCACCAGAUGUCCGGGAGCUCAGAGGGUGAUUUUCAGGGCCUGGAUCAAGAGGCCCCCUGUGGAAGUCCGUACAGUGCUGCAACACCUCUGGGCAACUUUUCAGGGAACAGCCUUGAAGAAGCCAACGAGUAUGACGUGGGCUUUGGGGAAAUCAAACGAGUCACCGUCCAACAUGGCAACUGCACAGAAGACGGAAUUGUGAUAAAAAUGGAAGAGGAAGAAGAGGAGGAAGAGGAGGAGGAAGAAGACCCUGUCAACUUAGAACCACGUGGACUGUUCUCUUCGAGAGCUGAGCCCCCCUGCUCAAUCAAUUGCAAUGUGGAAGUAAGGCGGGAAGACCAGCGGGUCGCGAAGCCCACCAGAGCCACAGUGGGGAUCUGUGCCCCACUCUGUGAGAGGGACAAUAGUGUUGAGGCGCGGCCUGUCACUCUCCAGCAGAGGAACCGGACACGGGAGAGGCCGUAUAUCUGUCCGGAGUGCGGGAAGAGCUUCAUGCUGCGCAUCAACUACAUCAUCCACCAGCGGAACCAUCUCAAGGAGGGCCCGUACGAGUGCCACGCCUGCGACCUCAGCUUCCGCAUCAAACAGCAGUUCCUGCUGCACCAGCGGCUGCACACUGCACGGCGGGGGGUGGCUCCCCCACCCCGCCGGGGACAGGCCUACCCGGACAAACGCAGCCUCAAGCCACAGCCCAGGCCCCCGCCGCCUCCUGGGAAGCCCUACAAGUGCAGCGAGUGCGAGAGCAGCUUCAGCCACAAGUCCAGCUUGAGCAAACACCAGAUCACGCACGUGGGCGAGCGGCCGUACUCCUGCAACGAGUGCCGGAAGAGUUUCCGGCUGCAGAUCUCGCUGGCCAUGCACCAGCGGGUGCACACGGGUAAGAGCGAGCUCUCCUUCAUCUGCCCGCAGUGCGGCAAGGCCUUCAGCCGUCCCUCGCAUCUCCUGCGGCACCAGCGGACUCACACGGGGGAGCGGCCCUACAAGUGCAGCCAGUGCGACAAAACCUUCAGCGAGAAGUCCAAGCUGACCAACCACUACCGAGUGCACACCCGGGAGCGGCCGCACGCCUGCGGCGAGUGCGGGAAGGGCUUCAUCCGGAAGCACCACCUCCUGGAGCACCAGCGCAUCCACACCGGAGAGCGGCCGUACCACUGUGCCGAGUGCGGGAAGAAUUUCACCCAGAAACACCACCUGCUGGAGCACCAGCGGGCGCACACGGGCGAGCGGCCGUACCCCUGCACGGAAUGCGCAAAGUGCUUCCGCUACAAGCAGUCCCUCAAAUACCACUUGCGGACACACAUGGGCGAAUGAGGGCUGCCCCCGGCCCGCCCAUCACCCUAAGCCCUGGCAUCCGGGGACAGAGGAGCGGUCGGAGAGGGGGAGGGACUCCUCCGCGCAUACCCUUCCGCCCCCUCCACCCCCCAGGAGCGCAGACUCAUGGACUCUUCCCUUAAGUAAAUAACGGGUUUCAGAAUCAAGCUAACCACACCUGCUGGCACCAUGACACUUGCCAGCCCUGGACUCUCCUCCUUGCUUCUGCCUUCCUUGCCCCAUUCUGUUCUUUUUGAUAAUAAAUGUGGAAUCUGA